AUGCUUGUUGUUGCAGGUAAAGGCUCCUACAACAAGGUUGAGCAGGUUCGCUACGUGGGCAGUGGCCAGGGUAGCUAUACCCAGGAGCUCGUCACAACACAUGAUGGCUAUCAGAUACGGCCUGCCUUCAUAGCCUGCUUUGGGAGUGUGGUUCUGCUUGCAAUGUUUGCGACCUUCUUCAUCGUCAUGAGCCAGAAUGUCUCCGCUGCAGGACACGAUGAAUUGAUCCAGCCGUCUUUGGUCUAUGACUGCUCUGAGGGGGCUGAUUAUCGUCUAUGGUCUCCAGGGCAAAAAGACUUCUGCUGUGCCCAUACCGGACGUGCAUGUCCGCAUGCCGAUGAACGCUAUGAUUGUGAUCAAGGGUAUGGUCACUGGAAAAACGAUUGGUCUCGAGCGCACCAGCGCUUCUGUUGCUACAAGCACCAAAGGGCUUGCAAGGUGAAGGUCGUUCAUGAGACCAAGUUUGUACCAGUUUACCACACGAAGACGGUGAACAAGUAUGUCAAAGUGCCGGUCCAGGAGAAAUCGCCACCCCAUUACAUAUACAAGACUCGCUACAAGACGAUCGUGCGCCACAGGUAUGUGCCCGUCCCAGUGCCUGCACCUGGCAAGACGAAAGUUGUCGUGAAGCAUGUUGUGGAGCGCGUGCCGGUUCCGAAUGUCGUUGUCAAGCAUGUUGUGGAUCAUGCCCCCAUGGUAGUUCAUCAUACAGGUGGCCUCGCUCAUACCAGCUUCGUGUCCCACUAUGACUGUGACGCAGGUUCGCCGAACUCAAAGGAGGGUUGGUCGGCCUUGAAAGAAUGGUGCUGCACACAUCUCCAGAAAGGCUGCGAUAUGUUUUCCCCUUGCGAGGCGCCUUGCAUGUUGACUGGGCAGGUCAGCCACGAAGGCACCUGCGCGAGCAGCACGCGGUGGGCCUCUGCAAGCAUGUUCGCGGGGCGCGUUGAUGCAUGUCAGCUGGCCCUGCACGAGGUUGUCAUGAACUGUGAUGUCUGCCAUGAUUGCCACAUCCAGGACACUGGAUGCAAAGCGCCUUCAAACCCUGGCAUGAGCUCGCACAUUCGGUACGGCACGAAUCUCGCCCACUCCUUCCAUAGUUGGCACCAUUUAGGCAAGCAAGAGGAGAAGGUCCUUACAAGACAUGUGUUGUCCCGAGCUCAUCACGCAGCAGCCUUCAACUGCGACGCAACAGAGUCCACAUGGUCAGUCCCAAAGGGCAUAUGGUGUUGCAACGAGAAAGGCAUCGGAUGCGAACAUUGA